AUGGAGCUGGAAUACGAGCUGCCCAACACCACCGCGUUCUGGUUCUCCCCGGCUUCCGCCUUCGACAACUUCUCCGUGGAGGCGCCCACCAAUGCAUCACAGAACGCCACAGGCCAGCACUUCGACCUGACCAGCAAUGCCAUCCUCACCUUCAUCUACUUCGUGGUCUGCAUCAUCGGGCUGUGUGGCAACACGCUGGUGAUAUACGUCAUCCUUCGUUAUGCCAAGAUGAAGACCAUCACCAACAUCUACAUCCUCAACCUGGCCAUCGCAGACGAGCUGUUCAUGCUCGGCCUGCCCUUCCUGGCCAUGCAGGUCGCCCUGGUACACUGGCCCUUUGGCAAAGCCAUCUGCAGAAUUGUCAUGACGGUGGAUGGGAUCAACCAGUUCACCAGUAUCUUCUGCUUGACAGUUAUGAGCGUUGACCGGUACCUGGCUGUCGUCCAUCCCAUUAAAUCUGCCAAGUGGCGGCGACCCAGGACAGCCAAAAUGAUCAAUGUGGCCGUUUGGGGCGUCUCCCUCUUGGUGAUCAUGCCCAUCAUGAUUUAUGCUGGGGUGCAGCAUAAUCACGGCAGGAGUAGCUGCACCAUCAUCUGGCCAGGAGAGUCGGGCGCCUGGUACACGGGCUUCAUCAUCUACACCUUCAUCUUGGGCUUCCUGGUGCCUCUCACCAUUAUCUGCCUUUGCUACUUGUUCAUCAUUAUCAAAGUCAAGUCCUCGGGCAUCAGAGUGGGCUCCUCCAAGAGGAAAAAGUCCGAGAAGAAAGUCACCAGGAUGGUCUCCAUCGUGGUCGCUGUCUUCAUCUUCUGCUGGCUCCCUUUCUACAUCUUCAACGUCUCCUCAGUCUCCGUCCUGAUCGUGCCCACGCCUGUCCUCAAGGGCAUGUUCGACUUUGUGGUGGUCCUCAGUUAUGCCAACAGCUGUGCCAACCCCAUCCUUUAUGCCUUCUUGUCCGACAACUUCAAGAAGAGCUUUCAGAACGUCCUCUGCCUGGUGAAGGUCAGCGGCAUGGACGAGGCGGACCGGAGCGACAGCAAGCAGGACAAAUCCAGGCUCAACGAGACCACAGAAACCCAAAGAACCCUGCUCAAUGGUGACCUGCAGACGAGCAUCUGA